AUGAUACCCCAACAUCAAGCACAAGGUCCUUCUCUUUCUCAUCCUUCCAACACAAACUCGUCUUCCUUUUUACCGAACGAUAGUUUGGCGAAAUUGCCCCAGGCGACCCGUGAUUAUUUCCACAAUAAAUGGUUACCAACAAAAGCAAGCAAAGCAACUUUAGCCAAUAUGCCUCCUGUCAUCCUAUCUGAUAUUCAACAAGGAAAUAUCCCUUCUCAUACUGAUCCUACUUUACGUGAAUUGGAUGUUCGUGGUUGGACUAUUGUUCAUCGUCGUCGCUAUCGUCUCAAGAAACCAAAGAAAAAGAAGAAAUCAAGAAAGAAUACCAAUAUUGGUUCUGCCAUGCAUGUAUCUACUACUUCUGCUGGGGGUGAUACCACUGAUGAUGACAUCCAUGAUCCUUUUUUAGAUUCUUCUCCAUUACAACCCAAAGAUCAAUACUUACAAAUCGUAGAAUCUGUACAACUCGCUAUCAAUGAUAAUAUUCAACCAACACGAAUCAGUCAAGGAUCGAGUGGAUCUUAUUUUUGUCGCGAUCGAGACAAUACAAUUGUUGGUGUAUUCAAACCAAAGAAUGAAGAACCUUAUGGACAACUAAAUCCUAAAUGGGCCAAAUGGAUUCAUCGACAUUUAUUUCCUUGUUGUUUUGGUCGUAGUUGUUUGAUUCCAAAUUUAGGUUAUAUCUCUGAAGCGGCGGCAUCUUUGGUUGAUCAAGAACUUGGCACGUGUAUUGUUCCUUCCACCAAUUUGGAUCAUUUUACUUCACCCUCUUUCCAUUACGAUUAUUUGGAUCGUCGACGAUACAGACUUUCUCCUCAACAACAUCCUUUACCUCUCAAGAUUGGCAGUUUCCAAUGUUUCCUACAUGGUUAUCGUGAUGCUAAUGUAUUCCUACGUGACAAUCCUUGGCCUUUAGAAACGUCUUCUUCCUUAUCUCUUGACUAUGUUGCUUUGAAUAUGGGCAGUGAUGGUGGUGGUGGCAGCAGCAAUAGCAGUGGUGAUGAAAAUGACUCGGAUACUUUACGGAACCGGACUACGUUUUACGGAAACAAGAUUCAAAAACCUACAUUUCAAUGGACUCCUCAAUUACAGUCUCAAUUCAAAAAAGAAUUCGAACGAUUAGUCAUUUUGGAUUACUUGAUACGCAAUACUGAUCGUGGAUUGGAUAAUUGGAUGAUUAGAUACUGUGAAGGUGGUACAACUCGAGGUCAUUUGAAAAAUGCAUCUUCCUCCAACAACAGCAGCAGCAAUACCAGCAUUAUUAUUGAUCAUCAUCAUGAAGAGCGAACAGGAAAAACAUCAUGCAAACAUGGAAACACUGCAGCACAUAUCCACAUUGCAGCUAUUGACAAUGGAUUGGCUUUCCCUUUCAAACAUCCGGAUGAAUGGCGUUCAUAUCCUUAUGGCUGGCUUGCUCUUCCUUCAAGUUUGGUAGCUCGUCCAUUUUCAAAAAGCACAAGGCGCAAAUUCCUUCCUAUUCUAUCUGAUCCUGUGUGGUGGCGUAAUACAGUGGAACGUCUGCGGCAACUCUUUCAAGUGGAUCCUGACUUUAACGAAAGAAUGUUUCAGCGGCAAAUGGCAGUAUUCCGUGGUCAGGGGUACAAUCUAGCACGUGCAUUGAAAGACAGUCAUGCGGGACCUUUGGACUUGGUAGCCAUGGAACGCAUUUUGGUGCAACAGGAAGAAGUAUUCAUUGAAUAUGAUGAAAAAAGAUUAGAGGAACGACUACCAAGAUUACGACCGAAACGAUCUACAUCAUUCAACGCCUAUGACGGAUCAUCUAGCAACUCGCCAUCGAUAUUGUCACCAUCCUCCUCAGCUACUCAUCGCAGCAACAAAAAAAGUUUGCCUUGGAAGGACCGGGUACGGAAACGGUUAUCAUUGGACUUGGGUCGUGGACGUUUGACAUUGCGACAUAUUGGAAGUGAUGGAGAAAUGAUGGAAGAUGAUUACUUAUCCAUUGAUUCCUUGGACGAUCAACAAGAACCGGUUAGAAAACGUGUUUUAUUUGUCAUGGAGACUAUCAAGUUGGUGAAAAGCAAGCUACCUUACUUUACUUGUUGCUAG